ACUACGUAUGGAUCUUAGGGAUCGGGAUCGGUAUAUCAUAUGGAUUUCAAACCAAAAUAACUUUUAUAGGCCUAAUCAUUAAAUCAAUGAGAUUUAUCAUAAUUAUAUAAAUUUAAGCAGAAUGCCUGUCGGUGUCGAUUUUGAAGAAAUGCUAAAUUUUUGUCGAAAGCACCGGGUAUUGAUUGGUUCAGUUGUCGGGAUAGGUGUUACCUUGGUUUCCUUGAGACGCUACUUUGCUGGUGGAGUUUGUCGAAGUAAAGCAAGACUUGACGGGAAGACGGUUAUCAUCACAGGAGCCAACACAGGCAUAGGGAAAGAGACAGCUAUUGAUCUGGCUUCAAGAGGUGCCAAAGUGAUUUUAGCAUGUCGUGAUGUAAUGAGAGCUGAGAGGGCGGCUACUGACAUCAUCAGAAUAUCUAAUAAUCCAAAUGUAGCGGUGAAGAUUGUAGACUUAGCUUCUUUGGAAUCUGUCAGAAAAUUUGCUGAUGACAUCAAUAAAAGGGAGCCUAAAAUAGACAUUCUUAUCAAUAAUGCAGGUAUUAUGAUGUGUCCAUACUGGAAGACCAGGGAAGGUUUUGAGAUGCAGUUUGGUGUUAAUCAUCUUGGUCACUUUUUGCUGACAAAUUUACUGCUGGAUAAAAUCAAGAGUUCUGCCCCUGCUAGAAUCAUCAAUGUAUCAUCUCUCGCCCAUGAACGUGCAAACAAAUUCAAUUUUGAUGACAUCAACAGUGAAAGGGACUAUAAUUGUAUGACAGCUUACAGACAAAGUAAACUUGCCAAUGUUUUGUUUACAAGGGAGUUAAGUCAUAGGCUGCAAGGUACACAUGUAACAGCUAAUUCACUGCACCCAGGUUUUGUGCAAACGGAACUCUCGAGAUACUUUCCACAGACAAUGCCUGUAUACGUCAGAGCACUGUUUCCCGUAACACUCCUCCUCUCUAAAACUCCCAAGGAGGGAGCCCAGACCAGUAUUUACUGCGCUGUAGAGGAGAGUCUAGGAGAUGUGACAGGGAAAUACUUUAGUGACUGCCAGAUAAAGGAGGAGACUAAAGCCGCCCAGGACGAUGAAGCUGCCAGGAAGUUGUGGGAAUUGUCGGAGGAAAUGGUGGGGCUCAGGAAAUGAACAAAAUGAUGCAGUGUGCUACAGAGUUAGCUUUUGAAUUUGCUAUGAGGUCCUGAUGGUUUAUUUGUUUGCUGUUGCUUUAUUUUACUGUCAGACUUGUUAUUGCUUGCCAUGGUUGGAAACAUGUCCUCUCUCUGUCUUCCUGUUCAUUUUUUUUUCAGCCUUUCAGGUUAAUUCCAAAUGAAUCUUGCAGUAUUAUACCUCAUUAAAUUUCAUUUAAAUGUCUAUGAAAAUAUUUGUAUAGCAUGUGAAUACAUUUUAUAUUUAUUGCUAUGAUUUUUUUGUGAUCACACAGGUUUUUGGAGAUUUACAUUUAUACUAUAUGUACAAGUAUAAGAAAAUUGUAUAAGUUUUAUCGGUAAUUUAUUAACAUUUAUUGAAUUCAAAUUUUCAAUUUAUUACUUGGUCACAAUAUUGUAGAUAUCAAUGUAUAUCCAUGAUCUUUCAGGGAACAGCUAAUUUAUUACUUGUUCAUAAUAUUGCCGAUAUUGAUGUAUACGUGAUCUUUCAGGGAACUUGUACUCCUACAUACAUACAGGUGACUCUCGAUGGCUCGAAGUGAAAUCAUGGUCCCGAUUUUUUUCUCUAUAUAACAAAGCAAAUUUACUAUCGAUCUCUCGAAUGUUCGAUCUCUCGAAGUUCUCGAUCUCUCGAAGUGAAGUUGGGUCCUGUAAAAUACAUUUCAUUGUUUUUCACUCUCGAUGUCUCGAAGUGGUGGUAGCGUAUACCCACCGCUACCCAAGCGUGUAAUAAUUUCCGCUUGGGCCUUACCUGGAUUUUGUUGAAUGCCGGAGGGGUAAUUGGGUGUUUUCAUAGUUGAAACAUCCCUGGUGCUUCUUUGUGGAGGUUGAGUAUAUAAUUGGCUAAUUGGUCAGUUUACACCUUGCACUGGGGUUUUGAGUCGUGAUGAUUAAAAUUAUAGAUAAUCCGACUAUGAAUAAAAUCUAUAAUUUGUUUUGACGUGACGACGAGAGAGUAAGUUUUAUACCUAAUUUAGAGAUCUACAGACUGUUAAAUUUCUCAUGUUUGUUCUUUUUGUGUAAAGUUACUCUUAAAACAUCGUUUUACUCAUUCGUUUGAAUUUUCGUUUUAGGUAAAGUGACGUAACAUUGUUAUGUUUAGUUUGCCAUAGUAAAGCGUCAUUGGAACUUAGUUUUGUAUGCCUAUCUAAGCAUGAUUAAAGAACAAAUAAAUACAUAAACUUUGAAAUGUUUUUUUUUAAUGCAAAAUAAGGUUUUUUAUUUUGAUAUCAAAGUACCUGAUGAAUAUGAAGGAAAACAUGUCAAAACGAUCUUGUUGGUAUACAUUUCCGGUUACUGUAAAAUCUGAACCAUACCGGCAGACCUUAAAUUUCCAAAUUUCGAUCUCUCGAACUCUCGAUUUCUCGAAGUUUUAUCAAGGUCCCUGAACUUCGGGUUAUCAAGAGUCACCUGUAUCUUCAUGUAUAUCAUAGAGACUUAUUGCAAACAGGUUUUCUUGAAACUUUAUCAUAAAAAGUAUACUAUUA